UUAUAGCCACUUAUUUCCGGCGAUGGCCGAUGUGUGGUUAUAAGCCCUAAAAUGCUUCCAACAGUUCUUAACUACCUUACCGGUGCAGCUCAAGCCAUUCUCUGCUAUGGAGGUUAUAGCCUUUCCCUACACGACCCUCUUCAGAGGAACAGCGACUGAUUAUUCUAGACACUGUGUCGAUCUCAUUUCCACUAACAAAAACCCUAGCUUGAUCGGAUUACGCCGAUUAUCAUCCAGAGUUCGCGCGAUUACCGAAUUUCCCCCCGCUGUAGAACCAACUCAAGUGAGCCUCACCUGGCAAAUCGUCGUCGGCGCAGUAGCUGGAGUUGCACCUUUUGUGGUAGCAGGAAUUGAAUUCAGCAAAAGAAUUAUGGCACAAAGAAAAUGUCAGGUAUGUGCAGGCUCAGGGCUUGUUCUCAGGGAAAAGUACUAUAUUCGAUGCCCAGCUUGUGGUAUGUCAAACGUCUCCUCUUUUCAAAACUCAGUUUACUCUCUCUCUCUCUCAAGUGACCAGCAAUUUUUGCCUGAUCUAUAGGUGGAUUUCUCCCCUGGCAGUCAUGGAAAAGAUUCUUCUCAGGCUAAACCAAGAAUAUGUUUGUAGGGAAACUAAAACUGUUGCAUAUUUCUUCUGUAUUUGUUUAAUUCAAUGGGAUUAUUCAUUAUAGAACAUUACUUACACUACAUUUGGGAGCAUGGAUUUGGAGGUUUGCUUUUGAAAUUUCUUGGAUCUGGAGAAAAUUUCACACAAGUUUGUACUGAGUUUUAUCCUAGUCCAUACAAAUUCAAAUCUUAAACUUCAAAUGCAUGAUGCCAAACACAGGUUUACUUUUGCCCCUAGGUGGCUGGAUCAGGAUGUACUCCCAAACUUAUCUUUGUAUGAGAAGAAAAGAGAACAAAUAACUUCCUUAGUCAUACACUGUAAUAUAGCAUAUAAUUUUGGACCA